AUGGCUUCAGUGGAUGUGAGGGCGCUCUCUCAGCCCGUGGGCAUCAUGAGGAUAAUGGCGACCUUCCUCUCCUGCAUGUCUUUCAGCCUGGUGGCGUCGGCUGGAUACUUUAACUCUCCGUACUGGGCGUGGUGCAUGUUCACCUGGUGUUUCUGCUUCUUCUUCACCCUCCUCAUCCUCAUCCUGGAGUUCACCACUAUCUUUUCAAAGCUGCCCUUCCCCUGGGAGGAUUUUACCACCGCAUUCGCCAUGCUGGCGAGCCUCAUGUGCUUAGCAGCCUCCAUCAUCUACCCCAUCUUCUUCACCUGCAGCACCUGCCACCGUCAGAUUGGAGCCUCCGUGGUGUCCUGGGUCUGUUUUGGUGUGUACACCGGCGAGGUGGUCUUAACCCGACUUCGUCCUAGUGGGGAGCACAUCGGCUUCCUGUCCACGCUGCCCGGCAUCAUGAAGAUGCUGGAGACGUUCCUGUCCUGUCUCAUCUUCACGUCUCUGGAGGUGGGGCAGUACUCGGGCUCCCCAGGUCUGCAGUGGUGCAUCGCCGUCUUCUCGUUGUGCUUCAUCUUUAAUGUCCUCAUCAUCCUGCUCACCGUCACUCAGCUCAUCUCUCCCAUCCUCCUCUCCUUCGAGAAGCUGGUCAUCCUCUAUAACCUGUUGGCGGCCCUGAUGUAUCUGACCGCCAUGGUCAUCUGGCCGCUAUACAGCUUCGAAACAAAGAGACCUGGGAAUUGUGGCAGCCUGUGUUCCUGGGACAAACUGGUCAUGGUCACCCUCAUGACCAUCUUCAACGCCAUUGUCUACACACUGGACGCCGCUUACUCCAUACGCCUGGUGUUCUGUGUCAGCAACCAGUGA